AUUCCAGGUGCGUCACGGCGGGGCGGGGCUUGCGGCUCAGCCCGCCCUCUCCGCUUCAGCCACACCCCCGACGCCGACCACGCCCCGAGCCCCUCCCUUGGGGUGCCCGCCCCCUUCCCAACCUGCUGCUUGUGGCGUUGGCGUUUGGAAUGGUAGUAGGAAGCUCUAGGCUUGUGGGAUGCGUUUCCCCCCCCCCCCCCGAGGGACAAGCCAGCCCAGCAAGGGAGGAUGUGUGUACAACGAACGGGUUGAUCUUUGACAUCCUAGGCAUGCCCUCCUCCGUUUAUUUAUAGAUGGCAUUGAGAACCUUCCCUGUGAACUUCAGAGGAACUUCCAGCUGAUGAGAGAGCUGGACCAGAGAACAGAAGAUAAGAAAGCAGAGAUUGACAUCCUGGCUGCCGAGUAUAUCUCCACAGUGAAGACUCUUUCUUCAGAGCAGCGAGUGGAGCACCUGCAGAAGAUCCAGAGCGCCUACAACAAGUGCAAAGAGUACAGCGACGACAAGGUGCAGCUGGCCAUGCAGACCUACGAGAUGGUGGAUAAACACAUCCGGAGGCUUGACGCUGACCUGGCACGUUUUGAGGCUGACCUGAAGGACAGAAUGGACGGAAGUGACUUUGAAAGCACUGGAUCCCGAAGCUUGAAAAAAGGUCGGAGUCAGAAAGAAAAGAGAAGCUCCCGGGGCCGAGGCAGGAGAACAUCAGAAGAGGACACUCCAAAGAAAAAGAAGCAUAAAAGCGGGUCUGAGUUUACUGACAGUAUCCUCUCUGUGCACCCCUCUGACGUGCUGGACAUGCCUGUGGAUCCCAACGAGCCCACGUACUGCCUGUGCCACCAGGUGUCCUACGGGGAGAUGAUCGGCUGUGACAAUCCAGAUUGUCCAAUUGAGUGGUUUCACUUCGCCUGUGUGGAUCUCACCACGAAGCCCAAAGGAAAGUGGUUCUGUCCGAGGUGUGUUCAGGAGAAGAGGAAGAAGAAGUAGAGAAGAGGGUAUUGUGCCAGACUGAAGAGCAAGCUAAUAUAUUUCUUCACUCAUGUUGCAAUAUUAUCUUUCAUUUUAAAACUACCUUAUUCCAACUGAUAUUUAAUAAUCCAGUGGCCAGUUGUCAUUUUGGAUGUUUCCCAAAAUAAGAAGCCACUGCACCAUUUGCACAGAGCAAUCUCACAGGGACUUGCCACGGUGACUGUGCACGCAGGCUCCCCUCUCCUGCAGCCUCCCAGCACGGGAAUGGCAACACCACCUGUGGCGAGUGUCACUUUGGGCUGCAGGCCAAGUGCGUGGUGCAGGGUGGACAUGUUUUUAACGGCCACUGUUUUGUGACUAGAGGGUCAGCCUUGAGUGUCCGUGUUUUCCAGGACUGCCUUGUGGCACCGUGGAAGCACCGCUGUUGCUCUGUGAGCAAAUGUUAUCGGGCGCUGUCCCAUGCUGUGCUCUGACCCUGACGGAAGCCCAGGGACCGACUCCUGGCCCCUGUACCUCUGAUGCGUCUGGGAAGGACUAUCGGCUCUUCCCAGGUGGGAGUGCCCUCUGUCUGAUGGUACCCCGCCUGUUCAGGGUGAACUUCCGCCCUCCCUGGAGAUUCGGCUUCCGUUAGCCUUGGACUGUCAGUUAUCAUGACCAGCACCGCCCAACAGCGGACAAACAGCCAGGCUGAGCUCCCACCUCUCUGGGAAUUCCUGACUUUUUUUUUUACUGUGAAGAUGAAAUUAUUGUAAUAGCAUGAAGGUCAUGGGUCUGUGUGUCUCUGGAGUGAGUCUGUAUGCUGUGAGCUGAUUUUAGAACUCUGCUGUGUUGCAUCCCAUAGAGCAGGAUCCUAUAUCCAGGGGGACUACAAUUACGUGACAUGAUUUGUGAAUUUGUGUGCCCAAUAGCAGUUCUAGAAUGAAGGUAGGAAACUAGAGUGUACCCUUUGUUUAACCAGUGUUCACGAAACCAGUGUUGCACUGUCUAAUGGAGAUAUUUGGGGGGGGGGUUUAUGCACAGCCUGUUGAGGUGUAUCUAUGGUGACUCCUUAAGUGUGACAGGAUCCUGAGGGUUUCCUUUGACUCUGAAUUCCUUGGGCUUGUUUCCCAGUAUCUCAGGCUCUCUGACAACUAACUAAGAAAGCCUGUCCCUGGCCUCACUCCAGAAAAAGACCCACGAAACAAGAGCUGGGUUAUGCAAUUUCCAGUUUAAGGGGAGGUCAGUUUUUCUCUGACGAUAGGCACAUGGUUUUAAGGUGGUCAUGUUUAAGUAGCUAGAGUUCUCUCCCACUUUGUCCGAGGAAAGGAGACAAAGCAUGAGGGAGUUGUACUGCCCCACAUGGUGCCGUCCCGGUCCUGCUCCUCUGGACAGUGUCCUGCACAGUGUCCCAGCGAGACAGGGAGGCAGGACGGCUUGUGUUUAUGCUACUGAGUAAGUUGGUCCCUGUUGACCCUUUCUGGGCAGCAGGUGCCAGGCAGAUGGUAGCCGCUGCUAAGCAACAGUGCAAGCUUGUCUCCAGACUGGGAGCAGCUUUGGAGAUGGGGUUCCUGUGGGCUCGGGCUUGAGGGGCUGGCUGUCUUCUUGGGAACCCCCUCUCAGGCUUAGAUUCAAUAGACAUAUUCAGUUUUUAAUUUUGUUUUGUUUGGUUGGUUUUGAUUUUUGGAGACAGGGUUUUGCUCCUGGAACUAGUUCUGUAUACCAGGCUGGCCUUGAACUCAGAGAUUUCUCUGCCUUUGCCUCUGCCUCUUGAGUGCUGUGAUUAAAGGUAUACACCACCACCGCCAGCUAGACAUUUUCAUUUCUUAGCCUUUUGUUGUUCUAAAGCUUGUGAGGGUCAGUUGCAGGUUUUAUUGUUUUGUUUUUUCCCUUUUUAUUUUAAAGACCAGCUCUUAUGUACCCUAGGCUUGCUUUGAGCUCACAAUGUAGCUGAAGAUAGCUUUGAUCUUAUGAUCUUCCUCCCUAUAUCUCCUAAAUGCUAAGGUCACAGGUGUGCACCAACAGAUCUGGCUUUGCAAUGUUAGGGAUCAAACCCAGAACUUUCUUUCUUUUUUCCUUUUUUUGAGACAGGGUUUCUCAUUAUAGUCCUGGCUGUCCUAGAGCUCGCUCUGUAGUCCAGGCUGUCCUUGAACUCACAGAAAUCCACCUUUCUCUUCCUCUCGAGUGCUUUUAUCUUUUUUUUUUUUUUCUUCAGUCUUAAGGGUCAGGCCUCAUGCAUCCUUUAAUUUAAUUUAAUUUAUUUAUUUAUUUGGAGGCAGGGCCUAAUUAUGUAGCCCAGACUAGCUUUCAACUAGCAGUCACCCUGCCUGAGCCAUGAAAUACUGGGAUUACAGUUGUGUGCCGCCUAUAAUCUCUGGACCUCUCACAAUUUCUGUAAGCACAAGAAGUUUUAAAUCAGAUCUUGCAUGAUAAUGCCUUAGAAGCUGACUAAUACUUUGAGAUCCAGCCUGAGGCAGGAGCGUUUCCUAGCAGAGGUGCUGGUUAAACUCCAUUUUCUGGCUUCCUGAGGUCAUGCUGGCUUCUCUGACUUGCACAUGGGUCCAUCCUGCAUAGUGACUUUUGACUUUUAUUUAUUUUGCAAAUUUCUAUGGUUAUCUGCUUUUUUUCCCUUUUGACAGCUACAAUAAUGUCCCCAAAAUAAGAUGCGUAUAGCUUGGAAACAACAGAAUCCAUGGGUUUGGGGAUUUAACUCAGUGGUGGAGUAACUAGCCUACCAUAUGUGAAGCUCAGCGGAGCAUUGGUUGUAUGGUGGUGAGCGAAGCCGCCUUCCAGAAGUGAUGGUCUCGUUUGACCCUUGGCAACAAAACAGAAAAAGAGAAGCGGGAAGGAAAAAUGUGUUGUGUCAUGGGCAGGACUCUGAUGGAGUGCUUGUCCCUUUGUUACUAUCUGUGAGCAAGGAAGGAGGAGGUUCAAGGGAAAGUGUCCCGCCAGUUCUGGCUCGGGUGCUGUAGAAACACAAGCCAUGGUGCUGCGCCACUGGGUACCAUUCCAAAAGCCUGGCUGUCUCCAUCGUUGGACCAGAUACUCUUUCAUGCCUGCCCAUCGAGACCUGGCUCUUGAGCUAUCCCUGCUCCUUAGACAGAGUGGGUAGGUAGGGUGACCCCACAGGUCACUGUGGCAGCCAAGGCUGGGUCCUCGCUGUGUCGUUCCCUUAUAAGUAUGUGAGUGUUCUGCUAAGAGGAGAGGAAUCUUAUCUCCUGUGCAUAUUAUCAGUAGUCUGAAUUUCUCCAGUUUCUUACAGAAGAAGCAUGAAUUAAUAAAAAACUGAGCCCCAAUAUCUGUGAACAUGCUAGAGGUGUGAUGGUCCAAGCAAUGCUGACCAUCUGCCUGUCCAGCAGGGGAGGUCAGUAGGAGCCAGGCCACCGGCUGUGUCUUCCACUCUGCGGUGAAGAGCCAUGUGGUGUGAGGGCUUGUGGAUGGCUGGGGAGGUGGCCACCUGCGUGCUCCUGUGGAUAUGGCAUCUUGCCUUCUAUGCCUCACCUGUCCCCGGAAGGCCUUGGCAGGGAUGCUUCAAGCAAUAACACUGUCCACAGAUCAGCUCCUCCAUGGGAUAUGGUGCCAAGGGUUGGCCCUAUUAUGAGGUUAGGUCUUCAGGAUUUGAAGCCAAACAGUGAGGGGCAUUUGUUUCAGGCUUUGAACCCGUUUUCUAUGAAUGGAGACUGGUCUUCACUGCCGAUACCGAGAGGAGCUUUGAAGCAGGGAGGUCUGAGAAGUGUCUUUUCCCUCAGAAUGUGGUGUUCAUUCUCCGCCACACUCCAUCCAUCAGGGUGAUGCAGCUUUAACAUGAAUGUCACAUUUUAUUUUCAAGGAAUUAUUACCUAUGUCCCCUUUGUAAAGGAGAGAUACUAUUGUAAAUCUUUUUAUUAAAUAAUGUAAAGAUGUAUAUCUGUAUUUUUGGAUCAUGGAUUGUGGAUAUAUUGUUUAAUAAAUAAAGUAUUUUUGGGAAGAAA